AGUCGCUAACGGCCAGGAGAGAAUAUGCCCAAGUUUUAUUGUGAUUACUGCGAUACCUAUCUCACCCAUGACUCUCCAUCUGUGAGGAAGACACACUGCAGUGGGAGAAAGCACAAAGAGAAUGUGAAAGACUAUUAUCAGAAAUGGAUGGAAGAGCAGGCCCAGAGCCUGAUUGACAAAACAACGGCUGCAUUUCAACAAGGAAAAAUACCUCCUACUCCAUUCUCGGCUCCUCCUCCUGCAGGGGCAAUGAUUCCACCUCCCCCCAGUCUUCCAGGUCCUCCUUGUCCUGGUAUGAUGCCAGCACCGCAUAUGGGGGCCCCUCCCAUGAUGCCAAUGAUGGGUCCUCCUCCUCCUGGGAUGAUGCCAGUGGGACCUGCUCCUGGAAUGAGGCCACCCAUGGGAGGUCACAUGCCAAUGAUGCCUGGACCCCCCCAAUGAUGAGACCUCCUGCUCGUCCCAUGAUGGUGCCCACUCGUCCUGGAAUGACUCGACCAGACAGAUAAGGAUAGAGGGGAGUUUUCUUUAUGUCAGUUUUAUAUUACUUGUUCUGCUUCACCAAGAGAUCGUGGUGCUUUGACGCUGGG